AUGGAUACAAUCACAAGUGUUAACACAGAAAACGAUAGCUCGCAACAAACAAAUACUGUUCAUUCAAAUGCAGAAGAGUCUACUCAGUCAUUCAAAUUCGUUAUGCAAGAUGUGCAAGAGCACUUCAAGAAAGCAUCACAAACAAUAUUGAGUAGAAUUGAUGAAAUGGGUAGUCGAAUCGAUCAACUUGAAUUUAUGCUCAACGAUUUAAUAUCAGAAGUUGAAUCGUCAAGUCCACUAAAGGAGAAGGCUAACGAUCAAGGCGAUUUAAAUAAUUCUGAAAACGAGACUAAUGAUGUGAUACCCAUGAAAAACAUAGAGCAGGUUCACAAGUAA